AUGACCAGCAAGCGUUCCCGCCGAUCGACCGGCUCUAGUUACAGACCAAACUACAGAACAACCCGGACUGAACCUGAUUCCUACCGCCCACGACAAGAUCGAACUCGCAAGGCGAACCGUGUCAACCAAGACUCCGAUCGCAUCAAGCCCAGAGACACCUUCGACCGACGUGCUUCGCCGAAGCUGCCGCCUGUCCGGUCUGCAGUCUCGAAAACAAAGCGCGAGCGAACCACGAACCCUUCGACAAGGAUACACUCUCUGCGCAGGUUGUUGGCUGCACCAAAUUUGCCUGGCACCGUGCGGCAAGAGAAGGAGCGAGAACUAGCCGCUUUGCUCUUUGACCAGGAAAAAGCCCGACUUGAAAUAGGCGCUAGGAAGAACCUACAACGCUAUCACUUUGUCCGCUUCGUGGAGCGAAAGAAGGCAGAAAGAUCACUAAAGCAAUUGCUUAGACAAAGAGACGCCGAGCAAUCCAAUGAACCUGCUUCCGAAGGUGAGCUCGAGAAACUGAUACACGUCGCCGAGGUGGACGUCAAUUACACCAAGUACGCACCUUUAGGAGAGAAGUACAUAAGCUUGUUUGUUCAAGAGGAGAAGGGCGAAAACGAAAAUGACUCUAUCGAUGAAAUUAGCAAUAUCGUCCGAUCUGCAACAGGUGCUAAGCCGCCAAUUUGGUAUGAAGUUGAGAAGCUGAUGGAAGAAGGAGAGGCCAAGCUGGAAGCACUACGCGAAGGCAAGCUGACCGGCGGCAACCGGCUCCAAAAGGAGCUCGCCUCGCUUGGUGGAAAGGAAGAGGCCGAAAUGCGCAGUUCAACUGGGAAUCAACUGGAAAUCACGAGGCCUUCAUGGCUCGACGACGAUGGUGUCAUCGAUCCAGCGGACCUGGACAGUGACCAGGAUGACGAGAUGAGCGAUGGUGGCUUUUUUGAACGUUGA